UCUACAGUGCGCUGGAUUGGUGUCUGCAUAGUUGCUCAAAUUAGUGUGUUCAAUUGCUAUUGAUGUGGUUCUGAAUCCUCAAUUUCUUUGAUUUUUCAGUGGCUCAGCCAAAAUUGAAGAUGAACUGGCGGAAAGAAAGACGGAGGAGAAUUUUAGAUGAAUUUCAAAGAGUUGGUCAGAAAGCUAACCGGGUGCGAAAUGGCGAUAACAAUAUAUAGAAACCCUUCGGAAUCUGCUGCUUGAUGAAACCAAAUUCUUGUCGGGGGUGGGCAGUCAAGUGAAGGGAUUGGAAUCACAGAUCAAGGAGAUGCAGUGUCUGCUUGAGGACACCGACAGAUCAAGACAUCACGGAAGCAGGAGCAUUGGUUACUGGAUUCUAGAAAUCAGGGAUCUCGUGCACCAAGCUGAAGAUGUUAUUGAAAUGUAUUCGGUUAUGCAAAUUUCUUUGAAAAGAGGAAGGGGCAUUAGACAGUUUUUCCAAAGAUUUUCUUGUGUCUCAAACCGCUGCUGCAGACUCCACAAGAUCGGUCUGGAGAUUUCAGAAAUCAGAACAGAUAUUGGAAGAGUAUAUAAAAGCAUGCAAGAAUAUGGGCUAAGAAGUAUUGUUCAAGAAGAAAACUCAGGUCCGGCGAGUGAAAACCAAAUAUGGAAAAGAAAAACAUAUUCUUUUGAAACCAAUGAUUGCUUUGUUGGAAUGGAGGAAGAUUUGAAGCGACUUGUUUCUCUUACAGUUGAUAAUAACCUAAACCGGGUUAUUUCUGUGUGGGGAAUGGGUGGACUCGGAAAGACAACCAUUGUUCGGAGAGUGUACAACCAUGCUAACGUUAAGCAUGCUUUUGAUUCCUUUGCCUGGGUUUGUAUUACUCAACAAUGCCGAAUUAGAUUUGUCUUGGAAGAAGUCCUUAAGCAGUUAAUGCCACAAAAGAAGGAAGAUGCUAUGCAUCUAACUGAUACAGAGUUGGUUGAGCAACUCUUUCAAGUCCAAAAAGAUAAAAGAUGUGUAAUUGUAUUGGAUGAUCUCUGGAAAAUUGAGCACCGGGAUUGUCUGUUGGAUGUAUUUGUAGAUAGCAAGAUUUUGAUGACAACUCGAAAACAGAAUGUUGCAGAUGUGGGAUUAUCCUACAAACUUGGGCUCCUAAACAUGGCUGAUGGCUGGCAACUGCUCAAAUGCAAAGCAUUUCCACGAGGCUGUGUCCCACCAGACUUUGGGCCACAAAUUGAAUUGUUUGAGGAAGUUGGUAAGAAGAUGGUGAAAAUCUGUGGCUAUCUACCAUUAGUAAUUUCUCUGCUGGGAGGGAUCUUGAGCAAACGGCGUUCAUCGAAAGAGUGGGAGUUGGUAAAUAAAAAUAUCGAUGAUUACUUGUUUAGUGCUGGAAGCACGGAUCAGGACAAUAGGAUUAAUGCGGUAGUACUAGAUUUAAGUUAUGAGGACCUACCGUCUUACUUGAAACCUUGUUUUCUUUAUAUGGGUCAAUUUGUAGAAGAUCAAUAUGUAUAUGGUGACAAUCUAUACAUGUUGUGGAUAGCAGAAGGCUUGAUUUCAGUCGAGAAUCGAGCGAGUGGGGAGACAUUGAUGGAUGUUGCAGAACUCUACUUGAGUGAAUUGGCAUCUAGGUGCAUGGUUGAAAUUGUAGCUCAGGAUACUGUAUCAAGUAAACGCUAUGUAUCCUGCCAUCUUCAUGAUGUCGUACGAGAUCUAUGUUUGCUGAAGGGGAAGAAGGAGGACUUUCGUCUCAAGGUUGUGAAUUGCCAAGGGGGAAGACUUGAUGUGUUGAGUCCAUCUGUUUUGGGUAUUAAAACACGAUACUUGGCAAUGCAUUUUAGAGGCGAAGUGGAAGUAGAACAUGAUGAAUUGACGACCAACCAUGAAGAAACUACCAAACACAUUCGAUCUCUCAAGUUAAUUUGUCAUUCAAAACAGAGGAAGAUCAACUUCCCAAAAAGUGUUCUUGAAUAUUUCUAUAACUUCAAAUUGGUCAGAGUUUUAGUAUUUGAAGGCUGCAACUUCCAAGGAAGAAAAUUACCAAAAGAAAUUGGUAAUCUAAUUCACCUUAGAUACUUGCGGUUGCGAAAUUGUGAAUUUACCGAAUUGCCAUCCUCCAUCAGCAACUUGAUAUACUUGUCCACGCUCGAUCUAUUCCAUUCAUGGGAUGUCCGUAUACCAAAUGUUUUGCACAAACUGAUUCAGUUAAAGCACUUGUUUCUUCCUGAUUACCGAAAGACCAGCAAUGCCAUUGCCAGAAACUACCAGCUUAGCUUGGAAGGCCUAAGUAGGCUGGAGACGCUGAUUGGGUUUGACAGCUUGUUCCAUGAUUGGAAAUCUGUAUCGAGAAUGAAGAAUCUCCGACGACUUCGAGCCACAGUGCAUGAUGUAAAAACACUAUCAGAAAUCAUUUAUGAUCUCAAAACAUACAGGGAUAAUCUGCAAGAGUCUACACUUAUAAUCAGAGAUGGUUGUGAGCUGACUUCUUUGGAACAAGAGGUGCCAAUUCUGAGGAAGCUGUUGACAUGUCCCAAUCUUCAUUCCUUGUGGAUAGACGUGCACACACCGAACCUGAAACAAGAAAUCAAAACUCAACUAGUUUUCCCAAGACUUGUGUUCUUGACAUUGAGAAACUGCAAAAUAGAGGAUGACCCGAUGCAGAUGCUGGAGAUACUUCCUUGCCUAGAAUCUUUGUGCUUAUGGCCAUGUUCUUAUGUGGGGAAAAAUAUGACUUGUAGUGGAUCAGGCUUCUGUAAACUCAAAACCAUUCAACUGUGGGGUUUGCUGAAUUUGACAGAGUGGAAAGUUGAGAAAGGAGCCAUGCCGAUCCUUUCUGAGCUUGAAAUUAGGGACUGUCCAAAGUUGGGGAAGAUUCAAGAUGAACUGAGAUCUAUUACAAAUUUGGAGGAACUGGAGAUUUCCGAAUUGCCAGGAUUUGGAAAAUGGGUUUGUGGGAGAAAGAGAGGAGUUCAACACUGUUUGCCAUGCUCCUUUCGUCAUCAUCCCUAAAUCGAAUGAAAACAGGUGUCAAAAGAGGUUCAGAUCAAUUUCGAGCUGGAUUGAUAGGUAACAUUUUUUGCCUAACUGGUCGAACUGCCCAUUUAGCCCAAGGACUCUGCUCUAAAAAUAUGCCCUUGGCCUGAAAUUUCUGCUUCUGAGGUCAGCCUGGACCAUCUUCUAGGCUUACUAUAUUCCAGCCCGACCCUUACUCGAGCAAACCUCUAUUCGUGAUCGUGAUGUAACUCCUGCUUCAGGUGAAUAGCUUUUUUUACUUCCUAAUGUUCAUAUGGAAGGAUGAAAAAAAAUCAUAAAGCAGGAAAUGCAGUUUGAGUAAAGAAAUUAAAGAAAAAGGUUGAUAAUUCAUUAAUUGCGCAGCAUUAAUUCCAUGCUUUGGAUACAAGUUGUUCCUUGAUUGUUAAAGAGGUUAAUUGAAGAAAUGAGCGAUGAAGAAAGCUUACGCGACUAUCAGUUUAAACUGACCAUGCAACAGCAAUGGGAAAAAGUGGCGAUGAAAUAUGAGGAAGAUACAAAUGCCCAUACCCUCAUGCUUACCAAAUUAGAGGACACAGCUUUCCAUAUAGCUAUCUCCAGUUACAACCCUGAUUGCUGCAACGCACCCCAUGAAAGCUUCACUCUCAAAAUGUACUCUUUGAUGAAUGAUACAAAUUCAUUAUGUAAAGUGCUCAAGAUGCCUAACACGAGAGGAGACACCCCUCUCCAUCUUGCAGCUGCAGUUGGAUGGGAGUCCUUGUGGCUUCAGUGGAUCCAAAUCUCAUUGAGAUCCGCAAUGCUAAUGGUGAGACGCCAUUGUUCAUUGCAGCUCAUCACGGCAACCUUGAUACGUUUGUCUCACUCCAUGGCAUCUACAUCAAAGAUGGGAAUACCGUCUUGCACUCUGCAAUUUCUGGGGAAUACUUCAAAUUAGCCUACUUUAUAUUGGAGCACUACAAGAAUCUUCUCAAUUAUUUUAAUGUUGAUGGAGGAACCCCUCUCCAUGUUUUAGCAAGGAAGCCUAACUUGUUCAAAAGCAGCUCACAGCUUGGAUCCUAUGAAUCAAUUAUCUACCACUGUCAGAAUCCUAGUUUCAGAUUCUCUCUAUACAUAUCAUCAGUUGCAUAAGUUUUGGAGGUGCUAAUGGAAUUUGUGGUAUGUGGAUAAGUUGUAUUUGUUGAUGUUCUGAAGAAACAACCCAAUCACAAAUCCACACCGAUUAACGGCUCAAGAAAUGAGAAAUUCCCGGAGAACUACAAGACAUGUGUGAGCAUCUCCCGUCUAGUAUGGAAUCCAAUUUACGAGAGUAUUAAAGCUGGCCUUUCUAGAUCCGAGAAGAAAAAGAGUAUUCCAAAUGAUGUAGAAGAUCAACCGUACGAGGAGCAUGGCGUUCCAAUAUAUGAGAGUUUCUUAGCUGGUUGUUCAAGAUCCAAGAAAAAAGAUGCUGCUUCUCCUGAUAAAAACAAAGGUGCAGAGGCAGAGAGCAAAGAUUAUGGUUCCUAUCCUCCCAAUUACACAACUUGCAUUUUGAUUUUCAAAUUUGCCACAAAGGUCAUCCUAACAGUUCUGGAGUUGGAUUCUUGAAGAUACAAAAGAUUCACGAGAAGAAAGUACGACACUGUCAUGCGAUGCAGAUCAUGGAUAAAAUGAUCGAGUUUUAACCAAGUUACAAAUACGAUAGCAAUGGGCAGCGCCCCGGCCAUCCCUCAGAAGCAUCGAGUAGUAUUCCGAAUAUGCCUCCCAUUGCUGAAGAAUCCGAGACCACAGAAUCUAACAUCGAAGUGAAGGACAGUACUCCACUACUGGUAGCUGCUAAAAUGGGACUCCCAGAAAUGGUGAAGAAGAUACUUGAUGCAGUUCCCGUAGCCAUCCAAGAUUAAGACUCGGAAGGGAAGAAUGUGCUGAUGUUGGCAGCAGAGCACUGGCAGACAUAUGUGUUUGAUUUUCUGGUGCAGAGAAAGCUCCCCGAAUAUGUGUUUCACCAUUUUGACAAUGAAGGGAAUAGCAUCCUCCACCUCGCUGCAAAGCUGGGAGAGAAGCAGCCGUGGCGCAUUCCUGGUGCUUCUCUGCUGAUGCAAUGGGAGAUCAAAUGGUACAAGCAUGUGUAGAGAUGCGUUCCAGCGGUGUGUUACAGUCACCACAACGUGAAGGGCGAGACUCCAAGGAAGAUCUUCUCACAAACACAUGAGAAUUUAGUGAAGUCAGGAAACGAGUGGCUGGUCAAAACCUCAGAAUCCGUGGUGGCUGGGCUCAUCGCCACCUCCGCCACGGUCCCGGGCGGCCUAGACCAAAGCCACGGGUACCCUAUCCUGAGAGACCGCAGAGCCUUCGACAUCUUCUCAAUCGCUUAGCUGAUUGCGCUCUGCCUGUCCAUCACGGCGCUCGUGUUCUUCCUGGCAAUCAUCACCUCGCUAUUUCAAGUGAGACCUGCCUCGGAAGCUGCUGAUGGGGCUGAGUUGUCUGUUCUUGGGCAUAGUGGCGAUGCUGCUGUCGGUCUGCGCGGGGCAUACUUUUAUACUGAGGGAGAAGCUGAGGAUUGCGGCGCUGCCGAUAUACGCGGUGGCUAUGAUACCAGUCAUGCUUUUUGCAAUGGGGCAGUUGCGUUUAUACUUAGAUCUUCUAAGUGACUAGAUAUAUAUCCUCAUUAAUUAUUGUAAUCGCUCUCAAUAAUCUAUCAUUUUUUGUAUAGAUUUACUUUGAUUCUUAGCUCUUAUAUGAUAUAUCAAUAUUCAACUUUGCUUCUA